AUGAUUUCCUCAACAUGUAUAACUCUUCAAGUUCCUUUUAGUUUUAUUACAGCGUCAAUUUAUCGUUUUUGUUCUGUAGUAUAUUAUAAUAAGAAUUUAUUUAAAACAAAACAAUGGGUUUUCAUUUGUAUUGUAUGUCAAUGGAUAUUUGGACUUCUUAUGACAUUACCAGUUUUAUUAGGCGUGCAACCGUAUUGUGUUACUUCACAAUGGAUAGAAAUAUAUAAGUUGAUAUUUAUUGUCAUAGUUCCACCAAUUGUUUUUCUUAUUCUUAAUAUUUUCAUAUAUGUUACUGUUCGUUCAUCAUCUCAUCGUAUUCAACCAAGUUCAUUAUCGGUGACGAAAAACACUUCUAGAAAUAUUCAACAGGAAAGAAUGAGUCGACGUGAUAUUCAUCUACUUCGAAAUAUGAUUAAUAUGUUUUUAAUACUUAUUGGAGGAUGGACUCCAUUAUAUGCACUAUUUGCUAUUCAAAGUCAAGUUUUAGCUAAUCUAAUGUUGUCUAAAUGUUUUACAAUUUGGUGUCAAUUAGCUUUUUUAUGUGACAUUAUUGAUCUUUAUUUGUACAAUCAUGAACUGAGAAAUUAUCUUAAAACAAAGUUUUGUCGAUGUUUAUAA